UUUCGGCGCGCUUAAAAAAACAUAUUUGUCGCUCCAACAACAGCGCGUCCAUAAGUCAUCUUUUGUUGCUCUCCGCCAACAAAAUAUUAUAUAAGUUUGGUCAAGGAAAGCCUUCGUGGGCGGAGUCAAGCAAAGCUAAAGUUUAAAGCAAUUAUAUACAGUCGACAAUAGCGGGUAAUCAAAAAUUACACAUCGAGAUGGGGUGUAAUAGUUGAUUGGGUUCGUUUCGUAGGUUUCGUUUGAAAUCCAUUAACAUGGUUAAUUUUAAUCGAUGAUCACCAUCACUAAUGAUUAUUUUGAUAUGACGUAACAUUAGUAGCUGUAUCGUUAUUGGUAAGCCUAAGAAUUAGGGACAAUGUCAGAAUCUGAUUAUUUCUGCUAAGAAUCAGGAUGAUACGUGUGUUAAAUUCUGUUGUUGAGAUGUGUGGCCCUCGAUUUUCAUAUAUUAUAGAGGCUUGUAAGCUUCACACUUCUGUUGUUAUGCGAAAAGUAGAAGAUAGGAAGGGAAUGAUGGCUUCCCUCCCUGAUAAAGACGAGGGAACAAUUGGAGAGAAAUCGAUUGACAUAGAUACGCUAAUCCAAAAGAAAGAAAAAUUCUUCCCCGAUGUCAAAACUUAUCACCAAUUAUAUAAUGGGAUUCCAUUUGCUGAAUUACCUAUUUGUAAUAUACGAGUAUCACCUAACAACACUGUAAUCAGCGUUACCGAUAAUAAAGGUAUACCUAGACUAAUCCGAUCUUGCGGUAUUGAAGGUUUUAAAAACACUCGCAAAGGUACAAAUAUUGCAGCUCAAGCCACUGCAAUAACUAUUAGCGAGAAAGCAAUAGAAUUAGGUUGGAAAACCGUUCGCGUAAAAGUGCGUGGAUUGGGACCUGGUCGUAUGUCUGCAAUUAAAGGUUUGCAAAUGGGUGGUCUUAAUAUUGUUUCCAUUACUGAUGCAACACCUGUAUCAUGGAAUCCUCCCCGUGCUAGAAAGCAAAGAAGUUUGUAAAUUAAAAUGUUGUAUAUAUUUAAGUUGUAUUAAUAUUAUCCUGUACAGAGUAUAUUAAAUUUGCCAGAAGGAAACGUCAAGACUAAUUUUUUUUUUUUUUAUGGAUACGGGUGGAUGUAAAUCUUCCAAAGAUAUUUUAAGAGAAUUUACAAAACGUAACAAACAUAAUUUAACACCCAAACGCGUCUUUAUUCAGUCGAUAAUGUAUACAAACAUACAAGUAAAUGCAAGCCAAAUUUCACAUGCGACUCCCCUGGUGCAUCAAGUGGAUUACUGUGCUCUUUUAAUAUAUUCCUUUUAUUUUUUUCGUUGCUUUUUUUCUUCAAAUAAAAUAAGAGCUAAAAUAGCGGAACUCAUUGUAAACUUUAGUUGACUUCAUUCAGCAUUUCAAAUGUAUAAAACGCUUCCUAAUUUAUUCAUUUGAAAAUUUUAUCACAUUAGUAGACAGCUGAUUCGAAUAUUAGUUUGGAUAUGUUCGAAAAGACGCAAAUCCAAUCAGAUUAUGUGACACCAUUCAAAAUCAGAAUUGGUUCGCAAUUCUGACAACUACGCAAAUCUGUCUUGAAUUCCUUAACACCCCUGAUUAUAAACUAUUCAAUAUAGCAAAUGAUAUUUACGAAUAAAGACGAAAACGUUAUAGGCGGUAUAGUACUAUUGGGAUACGUGACAAUGGGACCUUUUUUCCAGUCGUAAUGGUUGCUGCAAUAAAAUUUCCUGUAAUCUCUUUGAUUAUUAAACGUGUACUAUUGCAUAUUCGAGUUGCAUUCAAAUUACUCUAAAGAGUAAUAGGUGAACCGAGGAUUAUGUGUGUAUAUUUAGUGUAUUUAGAAACACAAAUUGACAUUUUUUAAAUUUAAUUUUCAUUUCUAUCAACAAAAUUAUCGAUUGAUUUAAAAUACAUCAGAUCACCUAGCAACAACUGUUGUAUCUGGACAUACAUUUUGUCAACAUUUACAUUCGUGGCUGCGAUUUUAGCCCGAUUAUGUGAGAGCCAUUAUGUACUCAUCUUAAAUUGUGAUUGAACUUUUUCUCAACACUGGAAUUAUUGCAGUAAUUUUUUAUGUUACACGAGUUUGAGAUAUAUAUAUACAUAAAAACCUUCAAUUCUAGUAUAACAUUAUUUAACAGAAAUUAUAUACUAAAAUGUGAUAAUAAAUUUACUAAACCAACUUUAA